ACAUUGACUGUUGUUCCACCCCCUGCUGACACCAUCUGGUAACACUGAACAACAGACCAGAUCCGCGGACAAAGCAAAGCAGUAAAUAUUAAUUUAAUCCAAAUCCAAUUCCCGACACCAAUUGGCGGCCUUCAGCUGCUGCUUCUGCAGUCGAAUUGUAUUUUUUUUUUUGGUUUUUCGUGUCACCCGAUAAGAGUUAAAUUCGCUGAUCUAGCGAAUAACGGUGGCAAGUAAUUGUAAUAACUGCGUGUGUGCACAGUGCUAGUGUUUAGUGUGCGAGUGUGUGCGUGUGAGUGGGAACUCCACAAGUGUGCGAGAAGGCAAAUCAAAAUAAGAAAAGUGCCGCCCUGAUGGAAAUUAAUAUCGCGAAUUAUCAGCGAAAACGCAGCGAAAGUUAAGCCAAAGUGCUGCGAUUAAUCAGAUAGCGGGUGAAAUACCGGCGCACAGAAGCGACAGAGACAGAGCACACACAGCACCUGGCACAUCCAAGGAUAUCCGAUCCUCCUGCAUCCCGAAUCAUCCACAACCUGCACCAACCGCUAACCGCCAAAGCCAUGAUCCUCGAGAGAAACCGGAGGUGCCAGCUGGCCCUCCUCAUGAUCGCAAUACUGGCCGCCAUCGCUGGACAAACGGAUGCCCAGAAGGCGGCCAAACUGACGGCAGUGAGCACAUGUGCAUCGAAGGAAAAGUGUCACACCUGCAUCCAGACAGAGGGUUGCGCCUGGUGCAUGCAGCCGGACUUUAAGGGCCAGUCGCGGUGCUACCAAAACACCAGCUCACUGUGUCCGGAGGAGUUCGCCUACAGUCCGAUAACAGUUGAGCAGAUUCUAGUGAACAACAAACUAACGAAUCAAUACAAAGCUGAACUGGCGGCUGGUGGCGGCGGCUCCGCCAUGUCCGGCAGCAGCUCAAGCUCCUACUCGUCGAGUUCGAGCUCGUCGAGCUUCUACUCGCAGAGCUCCUCGGGAUCCAGUUCCGCCAGCGGAUACGAAGAGUACUCUGCCGGCGAAAUUGUCCAAAUCCAACCGCAGUCCAUGCGACUCGCAUUGCGCGUCAAUGAGAAACACAACAUCAAGAUUAGCUAUUCCCAGGCGGAGGGAUAUCCGGUGGAUCUCUACUACUUGAUGGAUCUCUCCAAAUCUAUGGAGGACGACAAGGCCAAAUUGUCUACGCUGGGCGACAAGUUGUCCGAGACCAUGAAACGCAUCACCAACAAUUUCCAUCUUGGUUUCGGUUCGUUUGUGGACAAGGUGCUCAUGCCCUAUGUCUCGACCAUUCCCAAAAAACUCGAGCAUCCAUGCGAAAACUGCAAGGCUCCCUAUGGUUACCAAAAUCACAUGCCACUCAACAAUAACACCGAAAGCUUCUCUAACGAGGUGAAGAAUGCCACAGUGUCGGGCAACUUGGAUGCUCCCGAAGGAGGUUUCGAUGCCAUCAUGCAGGCCAUUGCCUGCCGAUCGCAGAUCGGUUGGCGGGAACAGGCUCGUCGGCUGUUGGUCUUCUCGACGGACGCAGGCUUCCAUUAUGCUGGCGAUGGCAAAUUGGGCGGUGUGAUUGCUCCAAACGAUGGCGAGUGUCACUUGAGUCCCAAGGGCGAGUACACGCAUUCGACGCUGCAGGAUUAUCCCAGUAUUUCGCAGAUCAACCAGAAGGUCAAGGACAAUGCCAUCAAUAUUAUCUUCGCCGUCACUGCCAGUCAGCUGUCUGUCUACGAAAAGUUGGUGGAGCACAUCCAGGGCUCUUCGGCGGCCAAGCUCGAUAACGAUUCAUCCAAUGUGGUUGAAUUGGUCAAGGAAGAAUAUCGCAAAAUCUCCUCUUCGGUGGAGAUGAAGGACAACGCCACUGGAGAUGUGAAGAUCACCUAUUUCUCGUCAUGCCUGAGCAACGGACCCGAAGUGCAGACCUCUAAGUGCGACAAUCUGAAGGAGGGCCAGCAGGUGAGCUUCACAGCUCAGAUUCAGUUGCUCAAGUGUCCCGAGGAUCCGCGCGACUGGACACAGACGAUCCACAUCUCGCCCGUCGGCAUCAACGAGGUCAUGCAAAUCCAGCUGACCAUGCUCUGCUCGUGUCCCUGCGAGAAUCCCGGUUCAAUUGGAUAUCAGGUGCAGGCGAACAGCUGCAGCGGCCACGGCACCUCAAUGUGCGGCAUCUGCAAUUGCGAUGAUAGCUAUUUCGGCAACAAAUGCGAGUGCUCGGCAACGGAUCUAACAUCGAAAUUCGCGAACGACACUAGCUGUCGAGCGGAUAGCACAUCGACGACGGACUGCUCUGGUCGGGGCCAUUGCGUUUGCGGCGCCUGCGAAUGCCACAAGCGACCAAAUCCCAUUGAGAUCAUAUCCGGUAAACACUGCGAGUGCGACAACUUCAGCUGCGAACGGAACAGGAACCAGUUGUGCUCGGGUCCCGAUCACGGUACAUGCGAGUGCGGCCGUUGCAAAUGCAAGCCAGGCUGGACGGGCUCCAAUUGCGGCUGCCAGGAGUCCAACGAUACAUGUAUGCCACCUGGAGGCGGCGAGAUCUGCUCCGGUCAUGGUACCUGCGAAUGCGGUGUCUGCAAGUGUACGGUUAACGAUCAGGGACGCUUCUCGGGCCGACAUUGCGAGAAGUGUCCAACUUGCUCGGGCAGGUGCCAGGAGCUGAAGGAUUGUGUCCAGUGCCAGAUGUACAAGACGGGCGAGCUGAAGAACGGUGAUGAUUGCGCCAGGAACUGCACUCAAUUUGUGCCCGUGGGCGUGGAAAAGGUGGAGAUCGAUGAGACCAAGGACGAGCAGAUGUGCAAAUUCUUCGACGAGGACGACUGCAAGUUUAUGUUCAAGUACAGCGAACAGGGUGAGCUGCAUGUGUAUGCCCAGGAGAAUAAGGAGUGUCCGGCCAAGGUUUUCAUGUUGGGCAUCGUUAUGGGCGUAAUUGCCGCCAUUGUCCUGGUCGGUCUGGCCAUUCUCCUGCUGUGGAAGCUGCUCACUACGAUCCACGAUCGGCGGGAGUUCGCUCGCUUCGAGAAGGAGCGCAUGAACGCCAAGUGGGAUACGGGCGAGAAUCCCAUCUACAAGCAGGCCACGUCCACCUUCAAGAACCCCAUGUAUGCGGGCAAAUAGAUUCGCUAACUAACUAAACAUUAGGGAAUUAUAACUAGUGUCGUUCCACGACCACUGUCUGUGCUUGAACCGGAAAUCAGAAGGAACCCCAACCAGUCAAACUUAAACACCAGCAACAAAUCCGCACCACCAACCAACCAACCAACCAACCAAUCAAUCUUCAGUACCGACUCCGACUCCGAACCACUGAAUACAUCGACGAAGCUGCUUUGCCCGGGUGCAAAACCACUGAAGUCAACUGCCAUUGAAACGCGUUCUAAACUAAGUCAGCCCUAUAUAUACAUAUAUAUGCAUAUUUAUAUAUACAUUUACACAAGAAACCCCGCCAUGGGGCAGCCUUUAUACAUUGCGUAUACUUAACGAGCAAACGAUUUGUGCCUUGCGACAUAUUUUAGACUAAAUCUAUACGUAUGUAUAUGUGUAUACAAACAAGUAAGCAGACAACGCACAGCAACAACGCGGAGCGAAGAAUCGGAAAAAAAAUUGGAAAAACAAAAAAAUUAAACCAGCCAAGAAAUGAACUACGAACGAUAGUUAAGAUUAAUGAUUUUUGUAUUCUUUUUUUCGUACCAAUAGUAUCCAAGCCAGCGCCAGAAUUUGUAUUUUAUUUUACUCCUAAUAUGUAAUUGCUGUUUUGUGUUUUUUAUCGACCUAAUUCUAAUUAUUUUCAUUGAGCCCCAUUUAUUAUUAACGAGAAGAGCCACUGCAAUAUAGCUGUAUGUAUUCAAAAGUCAGAAUUGGGAUACUUAACUAAUCUGCUACCCUCCCAAAACGGUCGUCCUUCGCAAUGCCAAACCCCCCAACGUCUUAAUGUUUUUCUAUUGUUUUUUUAAAGCUAACUUUACAAUUAAUAUUUAAGCAAUUAACAUUUAAGCUUGUAAUUGUUAAUUUCAAAAUGCAAGAGUGCCCCGGGUACGUUUUUGUUUUUCUAUGAAAUCUUUUCAUUUUUAUUUUUGUAUGUUUUAUUUAUGGAAAACGAAAGCGUGGCAACAGGGGAAAUUGUCCCUUGUGUGUGUGUUUUAUUUAACUGAAUUUCGAUCAUUAAUAGUAAAUUAAUACUACUAUAUAAAUAUAUAUUUUUUGCCAUUUGUACUGAUUACUGAUUAACAUUUAAAGUAAUACAAAACCAAAACGAAAUGAAAUGAAACUUUUGUAUAAAAAAAAAAGAAAACAUUUUGAGUAAUUUUAUUGAAUGAUAAAACAAUACAAAAAUAAGGUGGAAACACUGUGGCAAUAUGAAAAAGAUGUGGAAAUUAAAUUGUUUGACGCUAAUUUUAGUAAAAUAAAUAAAAAGAGAAAUAC